UCCAGAUUGAUUCUUGCAGGAGCCGAAGGCUCAGCGGACGGGUCGUCACGCUUCUCCAGGUUGCUUUAGCUGACAUCUUCCGCUCCCUUUCGCAUUUACUAUGCGGAGCUUUGGCUUGCACUGAUUUUCCCAGGAAGCCUCGAGAGCCGAGCCGGACUUCUGAGCACCGCGGGUUCCUCUUCAAUGUUGCUUCUUUGCCCUUUGUAGGAAUACCUGGGCUGCUGCGUCGCCGGAGAUCUUCUCUUAGGCACCAUCAGCUGGGGCUCAAGAAAAAUCGGGACUUUUUUGAAACGCCGCGGGACGCGGGACAAAUUGCUCAAAAGCGGGAUUGUCCUGCCAAAAGCGGGACGUCUGGUCACCUUAUCAUAGGGUCUUCUUUGCUGUGAGAUCCUUCAGUCUGUGAAUUUCAAAAGACAGCUUGGACUAAAUGCCAGCAAACUGCCCAGUGUGCCUGAAAGAACCAGACAACUGUUCGACUACACUAGAUGGUUUCCGGUGAUGUCAUCGUGCAAAGCAAGACAGACAUGGAGCUUGCUCCUGCCUUGUUCUUGCAAACUUUCUAACCUGGGCGGCUUUCGUGCCGGCAGCAGCCCCGGAGAGGUGGCCGUAAGUGGAGAGGAGCAACAGCACAUGUGGAGUGGCGAUCCUACGCGCGUAGGCGGAUCUCUCUUGUCACAGAGCUCUUAAUUGAUGAUCUAUAACUGAACUUCUUGAUAUUGUCCCACUGACCUGUGUCUUUUGGAAAUGGAGCCAAAAGUUGGCAAUUGUACAUCUGGCUUCCAACGAAGUUCAACAUCAGAUGAUGAUUCUGGGUGUGCCUUAGAAGAAUAUGCCUGGGUUCCUCCAGGUCUUAGACCAGAACAGGUUCAGCUUUUCUUUGCUUGCCUGUCAGAGGAGAAGGUCCCAUAUGUUAACAGUCCUGGAGAAAAAUAUCGAAUUAAGCAGCUUCUCUAUCAGCUACCACCCCAUGACAAUGAGGUGCGAUACUGCCAGUCUUUAAGUGAAGAAGAGAAGAAAGAACUUCAAAUAUUUAGUACACAACGUAAAAAAGCAGCACUGGGGCGAGGCUCAGUCAAAUUACUCCCUAGAGCAAUAAUACAUGCACUUUGUGAACAGUGUGGUAUAAAAAUAAAUGGAGGUGAAGUUGCAGUAUUUGCUUCAAGAGCUGGGCCUGGAGCAUGCUGGCACCCAUCCUGUUUUGUAUGUUUUACAUGCAGUGAACUUCUUGUUGACCUAAUCUAUUUCUUCCAAGAUGGAAAAAUUCAUUGUGGUAGACACCAUGCUGAACUGCUCAAGCCACGAUGUUCAGCAUGUGAUGAGAUCAUUUUUGCUGAUGAAUGUACAGAAGCAGAAGGUCGUCAUUGGCACAUGAAACACUUCUGUUGCCUUGAGUGUGAAACCAUCCUUGGAGGACAGAGGUAUAUUAUGAAGGACGGAUGCCCAUUCUGCUGUGGCUGCUUUGAGUCCCUUUAUGCAGAAUAUUGUGAGACUUGUGGGGAACGUAUAGGGGUUGAUCACGCUCAAAUGACUUACGAUGGACAACACUGGCAUGCUACAGAAACUUGCUUUUCUUGUGCUCAUUGCAAAGUUUCACUACUUGGUUGCCCUUUUCUUCCCAAGCAAGGACAGAUUUUUUGUUCUAAAUCAUGCAGUUUGGGAGAGGAUGUUCAUGCUUCAGAUUCUUCUGAUUCUGCUUUCCAGUAUGCUCGCUCGAGAGACUCCAGAAGAAGCAUUCAUAUGGGAAAAAGCAGUCAAUCAGCAGAUCAGUGCAGGCAAUCUCUCCUGUUGUCUCCAGCAAUGAAUUACAAAUUCCCUGGUCUUUCAAGCACAGAGGAUGAUACUCUUUCACAGAAACUGGAUGACUUAAGUCUUUCAAGGCAAGAAGUAAAUUUUUUUGACAAAGAACUCUGGAAAGUAAGGGGAGAUGAAAUGCCAGAAGAAUGGGCUGAGCAUGAAGAUUAUAUGACUCAGCUGCUCCUCAAAUUUGUUGAUAAAAGUCUAUUUCAACAGUCAGUGGAAGCCAAUCCUAGAUCAGAUGAUCAGUGGAUUUGUGAAAAAGUGGUUAAAGGAAGAUCAGAAUUGAAGAAAAAUAAUCAAAGCCUAGCAUGUAAGAAAUACCAGGCAAAUAUGUAUUGGGCACAAUCCCAAGAUGGCCUGGGUGAUUCUGCAUAUGGUAGCCACCCAGGACUUGCUAGUAGUAGGAAAAUCCAAGAAUUAGACAUGGAACAUGACACAAGAUACAAACAUAACCAAAAGCAAAGGUAUAAUGAUUCAUUGGAAUGUUCGUCAAAUCUGAAACAAGAGCAGUGUGUUCGAGACUCAAUGGAUUUCCUUGCUUUAUCUAACAUCACAGGUGCUUCAAUUGAUGAAAUCAAACCAAGACCUUCUCUGUACUCCUUUGAAACCUACCAGGAGCUAGAGGGGGAUGAUUGUGAGAAAAUGAGCAACAUGGGAACUUUGAAUUCAUCAAUGCUUCAUAGAAGCACUGAGUCUUUGAAAAGUGUAAAUUCUGAAUUAUGUCAGGCUGAGACGCUGCCAGAAGAAAAGUCAAUGGAUGUGCCAGUAUUGAGAAAAUCCAAAUCACGGACUAGGCCUCAGCAAGUAAAAUUUUCAGAUGAUGUCAUUGAUAAUGGAAACUAUGAUAAUCUUGAUAUUCAUCAACCUCCUAUGAGUGAAAGGACUCACAGACAUGUUUAUCAGUUUGAAGUCCAUGGAAAGAAACAUCAUCGAAGGAGCAGAAAGUCUCGAUCUGAGAAUGCACUUCAUCUGGUUGCAGAAAGAAAACCUUUUCCAAAAGAAAAGCUUAAUUUUUAUUCCCCCCAGUAUUAUGAUGCAUUUAUUCAGAAUAAAAAUCCUCAGGCAGUUCGGGCAUAUACUCCCACUUUUUUCAGCCAAUAUAAUCAUAUUGCACCUGACUAUGCAAUGGGGAAACCAAGAGAUCAGUGUUUUGGAUUUUUGGGUGAGGACGAAGAAGAUUGGUGCUCAUCUUCAUCAUCUUCAGAUUCUGAAGAGGAAGGCUAUUUCUUAGGACAACCCAUUCCAAAGCCAAGAUCUGUGAGAUAUCACUGCUAUGAAGAUUUUGUUUCUAGUCCAAGUGCUGAACUUCCUACUACCCAAUUUAGACAGAUAACAAAAUCUGAAAAAAGGAAAGUGCACAAAGGCAAAAACUGUAUAAUUUCCUAAAAUGUACUGCCUAUAAACUUGGUGCCUACACUGUGUUUCAAAUCUUUUGUAUCUAAAGAAUGUCAGCAAAGUCUGUAACAUGGAAAAAAUUUGUUUGUGUUCUUUGUCAAGGCUUUGAAAGCAGUUCAAGACACUACAUCAAAAAAAUAAAAAUAUGAUAUUGAUUAGCUUGUUUAGAACUAUUCUGGUUUGCAUAGAACUUCAGAUUCAGGGAAAAUAAACAUUAGAAAUUGUCCCUCUGAUUAUAUGAAGAGUAUAUGAAUGCCAGGCUCGGGACAGUCUUCCUUGUAUACAUAUCCAUAAGGAUAUAAUACUAAAUCAGAGAUGAGUCUGUACUUUGGAUUUUAUUGGAUUCUUAUUCCCAUCAACUCUGUUAACAUGGCUAUAGGGAUGAUGGAAACUUUCCACACAGAGAUGGGCAGUAUGAAGAAUUAGGAUUUUAUAGAGAUCCUGGCCUAAUUUCAGAAGUUUGUUUUGAAGGGACAAAUGCAAUAUUUUAUAAAAGGAAUACAUUUUCCAAAGGAUCAAUUCAAGCAUCUGGCAAAAACAAGCUGUCCAACUGAAUGUGUCUCUUCAAAAAGAAAAAUGGUAGUCUUAUUCAUGGCAUGAAACUUCAGAGAGGCUAUUACUCUCUGAGGGAAUAUGACCAUAGACUGUAACAAUUGCGCAUUUAAUGUUAUGUGCAAAUAAUUUGAUUUUUGCAUUUUCUUUAUCUUAUAUAUUUAAUGUAACCUAACCAUUUUGAUACCAAGCAACAAUUAUCUGGUUCUGUGCUGGACAUUAAAUUGCUUAUCAAAUUGACACUUUUAUCUUCAUGGGAGUGAAUCUCAGGCAAAUUUUGCUUUAUAUAAUCUUAAUCUACAGUUUGUAAAAACUAAAGUGAUGUGAGCUAAUAAUCCCUGUUUUCAAAAUUAAUAAGAUGUUACUGAAUUUGCUUAAAGUAAAAAAAAAUUAUGAAAACAUGAGAAUCCUUGAUAUUUGAAACAGUAUCUCAAGUUUCAAAUGUAAUAUGAGCAGCAAUUAAGAUUUAACAGAUUGAUAAUGUAUUUUACAGUUUCCUGUAUUCAUAACUUAACAGUGCAAUUAAUGUAUAUAUUGUAAAAUUAAGAUUUAUCUGACUAUUUUUAUAUUCCUGAAUUGCAAGGCAUUUGUUUAAAAUAGACAAAUAAUUUUGUUAAGAACAUCAUUGUUUAACAUCAGUUUGGUUUAGGCAGGAGUUUGUUAAAUAUUCAUACAUUUAUAGUGAAAUGUUUAAUUUUUUAUAGUAAAGCUCUGUUUGCAUGGUGGAGCUAUGUAAAUAAUGUUUCAGCGAUGGUUCACAAUAUUAAAGAAUUAUUUAUGGGUCAAUAAACUUUAAAUUGUGUAAAUUAAACAAGUAAAACUGGCAUGUAUAAAUUGAACUAAACAUACUUUAAGCUAAAUUUCAAUGCUAGGUUCUAAACCUAAAAUAGAUAACAUUGCUUUGUUAAUUGUGAUUUGUUCAGGAGACAUUGUUAUAUCCUGCUCGGUUAAGUAGCAAUACAUAAAAGCUGAUGAGCAUUCUGAAGAGUGAAUUAAUCUCACCUUACCUUGAUAGAUUAUUAAAUCGCCCAAUAUAAUUCUUCUAACAACCAAAAAAGUAAAUGUUUUUACAAUCAGCCGAAUGUUAUUUCUAAGAUCAACUAAAUAAAAUUAUACCAUGCUUUCUACUAAGAA